GUUCUGAAGAGAUAAGUAAGCUGGAGAUUGGAAGCAAGACAAAUUACAUAUAUGCUCCUAUGUGCUUGAAAGGAAAUUGUUGGGUUCCAGUAGUGAUCAAUAUCGAGAGAAGGUCUUUGAUCAUUCUCGAUUACGCGACACCAUUUGUUUCAGAAAAUGUUAAAAGGAUGCAUGUGGUUGCAUAUUCUGUUGCGAUGCCGUACAUUUUGCGCAAGCUCCUCAACAAAACAGAUAUGGAUGUUUCUGCAUUCAAAAUAUCUGUAGUGGACAAUAUAUCACAGGCUGAAAAGAUUGAAGAUACUGGGAUGUACAUGAUGAAGAUGAUGGAAUGCUAUGCUAUGCAUAUUAAUGCAAAUGAGAAACUUUCAGAAGGAAAAAUUGGAGACAUGAGAAAGAAACUUGCGGUUGACAUCUUUACAGAAAUAACAGAUUUCUAGGUAAGACUUCUCUCAGGUUUUAACAUGUAAAUUAGAAACCUACAACUAAGCUUAUAUUUCUUGAUUUAUUAC